AUGGAGCGGAGGACACAGGCGUUGCGGGGUGGUAGCGCUGCGGGUGGUAGUGACGGGCUGAAUGCUGCGAAAGACGGGUGGGUCAAUAGACAUGCGUCGUCAGCGUCUGCCACGACGGCUGUAGCAGGGUCGGGAAGCGGUGCUGGGAUUUCUAGCAGUGCCUCGUCGAAUACUCUGGUGCCGAGUGGGUCGAUUAGCUCGAAUUUGACGGCGUUGGCUAGCGGUCCUGGCGGUUCAGGUGGUACGAAUGGUGCAGCAGUUACGAGCCAGGUUUAUAGCUGGCGUCUGACAAGAGCUGUACUCAAAAAUGGCACUUUACUGCUGUAUAAACCACCGACGGAUCUGGGUAUAAAAUCGUUUGACCCGUCUUUAGAGCCUGCACAUCCUUUAUCACCCAAUUUGAGCUCGCCGACAUCUGCCACCAGUGGUGGUGGAGGUCAUAAAAGAGUGGGUUCGGUGUCUACAGCCACAGCAGCAUCUUCUUCCUCAGCAUCAGUCUCAGCAGCUGCAGCAGCAGCGGGCUCGCGAUCAUUUCAUUCUCUUUCAUACCGGGGAUUCGACGUGCAUCCGGAUCUAUUGUUCGAUUCACAGGGCAAAAUUGUCAAUGGCAGUUUCGAGGCCAUUUGUCAUAGCAUUUUAUUCACCGGUGACGAAGAUUUUGCCACGACUGCGGUACUGACGAUUCCUUUGAUGGGUGAUGUAGUAAGAGCCCUGGAAAUGAUGAAGGAAUAUGUUUUAUCGGUAGCAAGACAGGCACACAGCGGUGGUGGAGGGCCGAAUGCCCAGGCCAUUGCAGUUCGUGUCAAGCUCGUUAUUGAUACAAUGCUGACCAAUUUCAAGGGCAUGUUGCUUAAUAACUCGAUUCAUGCAUCACUUCAACAACUAGCAGAUUCUGUAUCAUCAUACAAUGACCAGAUUUCCACCGCUUUGAAACUGUCUAUUUAUCAAAAACAUCAACGAAUGAACAAAAUGCUUACUUAUACACGAGAAGACACCGAGGUGUUGUGGAGUAUGCAACAAAAAGUAACUGAUUCCAUGUCUGAACGACUACACGCAUUUUUGGGUCGAAUCGACUCUUCCAUUGGCAGCGAUUCUAUUAGCAGUAUUGCCAAUCUGCCGCCUCGCCAGCAGGUAGCUCAUAAUUUGUCUGGUUCUGGUUCUGGUGGUGGAAGUGGAGGUACUGGAGGUGUCGGUGGUGGACUGUCUGCACAACAACUCAAUAUUCCCCCGGAUUUGUUUAUUGAGCUGACAUCAACUGACUUUUUAGCCAACCAGAUCUCCUGUUUCCAUUUAAAAUUUUAUAAACAGUGGUCUCCUGCCAUUGACAUUUCGCUGCUGUUCAAGACCAAUUAUAGUUAUCAUCGGUAUAACCCGCUAGUGUUUGACGCGAAUAAUCUACACUUUUUGGGUGUGUUGCUGAUUGAUCAUUUAUUGAGUCCCAAGUAUUCGAAACUGUUUGAUAAUUCGUACAGAGGAAGACUUUUGACACACUGGAUUAAUCUUGGCAAUUCGUUGAAAGUGUGUGGUGAUUUAGUAGGUUGGGUGGCUAUUGUCACGGCUAUUUGCUCACCGGCCAUUCUACGGUUACGUGAGUGUUGGGCAUAUGUACCAAUUGAGCUGCGAGAAAAUGUUGGCAAAGAUUGGGGUCACGAGUUAUUUGAACUCGAUCGAAGGGCCAAAAUGGAUCUCAUGUCCAAACGUACUUUUAGAGUGGCCACUGAAGAUAUUGGCGUGACAUAUCCCAAAGAACGAUCCAUUAGCUUUUUUGCUGAUUUGACGGUCAAGAUAGACGAGGGUGCUACAAGCUACAAAAUGUGUGAAGAUCGUGUCAACCGAGUACGUACUGUUAUCAACAGUUGGAAAUACUUUUUUGAUCGCAUCCCUCAAAAUGACACUUUUGGACUUCCUCCACAACCUAAUGCAGCGGUUCAAAAGCUACUGCAUUCACUUUUAGUGACAAACUACGAAACACCACAAUUGACACAGGAGGAAAUCUUUAAAUUGUCGCUUUCGGUUGACCCACCAAAAUUCGGAAACUACCUAAAAUACCAUUAUUCCCAGCAGUCACCAUUGAUGACGGGAUCGUUUUUGCCACUCAUAUUCACCGACACAAAUGCCACCUAUAAACUAUUCACCAAAUCAUCAUUAAUAUCAGCAUUGAGUGGAGUGGCUGGCACCGGAGGCGCAUCUGCCCUUUCAUCAUCUAACAAACGACUUGUACGUUCGGGAACCACCAGGUCGAGCGAUGGUACAAACGCGUCGACAAUUCCAACCUCUGCAAGUAGCAAUUUCUACACACACGGCGGCCAUUCUACAUUGUCAACCAGCUCAACUCUGUUAUCUGGAGGUCGCAAUGCAUCGACUAAUUUACACCGAUCCAACAGUUUCCCACCAUCAAAUACAAAAUCAUCAGCCAUGACUACUGGUGUGCAAGAUAUUGACUAUUUCAGUCGAGAGUUUGUAGCCAAGUACGCCAGUCAACACAUUCUCAUGAAAAAUAUCCGCGAUGUUCUCAACAUGGGAGCUAAGUUGUACCAUAUUAACGAGGAUAUCGUGCUCAAGUCGCUCUCUGAGGAAUACAAUUCCCGUCCCUCGAGUAUGAUAGAAGCACCAUCCAAACAUUUAUCCAUGUCAUCUCGCCGGGUCUCGACACAAUUCGGGUCUACCGUUAGCCCUAGAACUUCUGUUAAUGGAGGAACUCCCGAUUUCUCCAAGGUUUUUGAGAGUUUUGCUGUGUCUAUUGACGUUGUUGUCAAAUCUGCUAAUCUUGAACGGUUGGUAGAUAUUUUGGUGCUCGGAGUCAAUGGAUUCGCUUCGUUUGUUAACCAACAAGACGUUGAUCGACAAGGUAACUUGCCGGACUUUAGAAUUGACAUGAAUGUACAUACACUUACAUUUUUUGCUACAUUUCGAAGUUUCUGCUCGCCAUUGGAGUUAUUGACAAGUUUGCGCAAGCGUUUUGUGGGCGCUCGCUCUGCAGCCAUGUCUAUUGACGAGCUGACUGAUAAAGAGCGUGAAGUGGCUUUUGAUGACGUGCAGUUCCCCAACUGGGACCCUGUGUGUGAGAUUCCACUUGAUAAUAACCGUGCUUGGGGUAUUGUGGCCCAGAUUCAAAUUGGUGUCUUAGAAGCGUGUCAUUUGUGGGUUUCGCAAUACUUUUCUGAUUUUGCAGAUAAUGUCAGUUUGAAGGAGCAAUUUCUUGAACUUACUGAAAUCUUUGGUACUGAUAUUGCUUCCUGGAAGGGAUUACAAGCCUCUUCACAAAUCAAUGAGGACUAUAGUGGAUACCUUGAAACAAUGGAGGUUUUGCAGAAAAAGGUGCGCAAUUUGUUUUAUAAAAAGUCCUAUCGUCCCAACGAUGUUUGUCCGUUGAUUCCUCAAAACCCAGUGGGUAUGCGAUACGAGAAUUUGCCAGUUGGCAACACCAAUGUCACGUUUAUGAAGCUAGAAAAGUUUAUUGAUGAUAUCAAUCUCGUUGUCUCAGAGUAUCUCGGCAUGGUGAGCGUAAAGGAAUGGAUGGAGCUUUUCGAGACACUCGAAUUGCAAAGUGCAGAAAUCAAUGGAUUUUUCCAUUACUCACCUCCACCGUAUUCCAGUGAAGAUGAUUUUGUGAUUCAAGAUAUUUUCACUUAUUUAGAGUCUCUUUACCGAGAAAAUGCCAAUGGAGAACGAGCAAAGACUCUGGAUUUCUUCCCUCCUUCCAUCCAGGAGCUAUUCAGACUGCGUCAUAAUAUCAUCUCAUACCUGACAUACCAGAUUGGUGAUCCAUUAAUCCACAAGGACGACCGUAUACAACGUAUGAUUAGUAUAUUACGUAUGAUUGGUAUUUCCAAGGCUCGUAUGACGUUCUUAGACUUGUUCCCCAAGGAUGAGACUACCGACUCGGACCAGUUAUGGAUGAGCCAAGCCGACAACAGUGGCAUUUCAACAUCAGUGCCUUCGUUUAUCGAAUCGUGUGUUAUUGCAUCGGUAUUGAGACCGGAAAGUCGUCUGUUUGCCAACUCUUGGAUGCAGGCUAGCAGAGAAAUUUGUAAAUUGUAUCACAGAAGCAGCAACCCGACUUCAUUUGCCAGUCUUGAAAUGUUUGUACCAGUAAUUCGUGGUGAGAAUUUGGUAUUCUCAGGGUCAAAACAACCAUUGUCUCCAUGCGUUGGUUGGACUAUUGAACGCAUGUUUGAGAUUGUGUGCUAUGUUCCCAACAUGUCGGUUGAAAACAGCAGUCUCAUCAAUUUCGACAAGCGACGAUUCAUCUAUAACCUGAUUACCAACGUCAGCGAAAUGAAAGGCGAGAUUGAAGACGACAAUGAAGAUGGAAGUCGGGUGUCUAACGGCAGUCACCGUAUUCAAACUGUUGCUAGACGGAUUGCGUACAUUGUCAAUCCCGACAAAACAUUGUAUUAUACAGAUAAACGAACGCUCAAGGAGUCGGUUGCUCGUGAUACCAAGGAGUACCCACGAUCGUACUCUAAAAACAAGGUUUUCACUAGUUACGUGACGCUAGAAGCCGAGAAGCUGAAGCGCGAUGUCAGACAGCGCGAGUUGAUUGAACGACAGUACCGCGACGUUAAAAAGUCAUUGAAAUCUCGAUAUGGAAGCUCAUCUUCUAGCUCGGGAACGAUUGGCUCACAAACAUUGAGCGAUAAAAAGAGCCAAAGAUCGAGGUUUGGCGGGUUGUUUAAAGCGGUACGUCCUAUUUCAAUGGCGUUUUCAGGAACUUUCAUUCCUCCCUCGGACCGUAUUGUCAGUGUGUAUGAACUGCCCGACAUUUCAACUAUUAGCGACUCGAAAUGUAAAUUGCUGGCAUCGAUUAACCUGGCAAACUGUGAUAUCAUUGCAGUGCCUAACCAGCAUGGCAAUUACGGACUUUUCAAGGUGGUGGUGCAAGAUAACAACGGAUCUGAACUGGUGUUCCAAGGGUUGAGUGAUGAAGACGCCGCCGAGUGGGUGCGACUGGCAACUACUGGCAAGCGAUAUGCCACAUUACGAGGGCAACUUCAACCAUCGUCGUCAUCGUCGUCACCCAAUGCACCAGCAUCUCCAGUCGCAUUCACACGUGUAUUUGGCGUUCCAAUUGCAGUUGUGUGUGAACGAGAAGCUCGAGACAUUCCCAUGGUUGUUGAUGUUCUGUUGAACGAGAUUGAAAGCCGUGGAUUGGACGAGGUCGGAUUAUACAGGGUAUCCGGAUCAUUGGCUAGUGUACACGCGUUAAAGGCAGCAUUCGACUCUGGUCAGGAGGUUGAUAUGGAAGACGAUAGAUGGUUCGAUAUCAAUACCGUGGCAGGAUGUUUCAAACUGUACUUACGAGAACUUCGUGAACCAUUGCUGACGACCGAGCUGUUCCCAGAGUUCGUACAAUGCGGAUCGUCUGGUGCUGGAACUGAAGACAUGCUCAAACAAUUGCGUGUUUCUAUUAGAAAGUUACCUGCACCUAACUAUAAUCUAUUGAGACGACUCCUGAGGCACUUGGGCCAAGUUGCAGAGCACGAGGCCAAUAAUAAAAUGAAGACCCCGAACCUGGCAAUUGUAUUUUCAAUGAGUUUCCUGCCUGCCAGCGCUGUCGACCAAAUGAAAGCCAUGCAGAACGUGCUCAACACCAUGAUCAUUCACCACGAGCGACUUUUUGGCGACGACCAGCCUGUAGAAUACUCCACAGAAGCCGCCGAAAUCACUGCGAAUACCGCCGACCUUUCACUUGGCGAAACCACCAACUCGCACGACCAAAACCACAAUACAGCCUCUGACAAUCAACCCGACUCCAGCGAACCUUCUACAACCCACUCUGGUACUGAAAACACCGACUCACAACUCCCAACUGGCAAUCAAGCAGGCUCCAAACACGACAGAGACAGUUUCACUGAGGUCAGCGCCUACUAA